AUGGCUUCCUUCGUCUACAAGAAAGACUCAAGUUGCGACGGAGAUCUUCCGAGCUGCUGCAUAUGCGGUAUUGGCUUCUAUUCAGAAGAGACAUAUUGGGCUAAAGCAAGUAAAGCAAUUCUCCACCGACAGGGCAGACUAUACACAAUACGUAAGUUACUAGAGAUAUCUUUCCUUGAAGACUUGGAGUGGCACUGCUUCUAUCGCAUCAUAAUGAUAGUCCUCCACAAUACUCGCAAUGACACAUUUCGUGUCUCUGGGGUGGCACUUAACAUGGCCGUUAAUUGUAGACCAGUGCCUGAAGCAGUACCGUGGGAUGAAAGUAUGGGUGUUAUUGGGUACCCCGAAAAUGAGAGGGACCGCCUGGUACUGGCUAUAGGGCUUUAUGAGGAUGAAUACACGAGUUCUCACGGUCUUGUCGGCCAUCAUGUCCACAACAGUUGUUGGGAGUUACUAACACACCAUACGAUUGGGGAAACUGCGCGCAAUUUGGCCCUAGUUUCCAGGAAUCCAAACCUGUUUGCUGAUGCUUUUAUGGAUUGCCUUCCCCCCGACGACGUUGAGAACGCGCAGAUCGCCAUGAAGUACUACCUUGGUGAUGCGUACUGGCGCAUACGCGCCCCAAUAAAACUAUUCCACGAAGUGAGAAGUGUCAGGGAUGAAACACUGGACUGGCAAUUUCUCUGCAAAGAACUCGCAAGGCUUUCGCAGACACCGGACCUAGCCUUUCGACAAUAUAUUAUUGACCGCUUGGAUGGGUUACAGGCAGGUUUUGGGCAGGCAACAAACGAGUAA